AGGCCACCUGAUGAAGGAAAACACACACACACACACACACACACACACACACACACACACACACACACACCGUCACGGUCAAACAUCUGUCAUAACAACACGCAGGCGUGACCUCUGACCUCUCCAAGGUUCCUCCCUGGCUGGUUAAAGUCAGGGUUCUUCGUCGCCUCCUCAUUUUCCUCUUCCUCGCUGCAGCCAUGCUCUCCGCUCUGCUGUCCUCUGCCCCACCACCCCUCGUCCUCUUCCUCCUCUUCAUCGUGGUUCUGCUGGUUCUGUUCUCCCGUUGGUCCGGUCAGGAAGCUAAACACCAGAACUCGUCUGGUCCGGUCCGGGGAUCCAGCCCGGUCCAGGGAUCCGGCCCGGUUCGGGGCCCCGGCCCGGUCCAGGGACCCGGCCCGGUUCGGGGCCCCGGCCCGGUCCAGGAGCCCGUCCCCUGCCUGCCUCGCCUCCCGGUCCUGGGCAGCCUCCCCUGGCUGGGCGGAGGUCUUCCUCCUCACCUGCUCUUCACCCGGCUGACCUACAGGUAUGGACCUCUGUUUGCGCUCUACCUCGGCCCUCACUACACCCUGGUGGUGAACAACCAUCAACACGCCAGAGAGGUGCUGCUGCAGAGGGGCAAGGACUUCGCCGGACGUCCCGACAUGGUCACCACCAACCUGCUGACCCGCGGAGGAAAAGACAUCGCCUUCUCAGACUACUCUCCUCUGUGGAGGUUUCACCGCCGCCUCGUCCACAACUCCUUCACCCUGUUUGGAGAGGGAACCAGCCGGCUGCAGGACAUCGUUCUGUCGGCGGUGGACGGGCUCUGCGUGGAGCUGCUGUCCCACGGGUCGCGGGGCUUCGACCCGUCUGCCGCCAUCACCAGGGCCGUCACCAACGUGGUCUGCACCCUGGUGUUCAGCAGCUCCUACGGCCCCGGAGACCGCGAGCUGCAGGAGGUGAUCAGCUACAACAAUGGCAUCGUGGAGACGAUCGCCAGGGGCGGGCUGGUGGACAUCUACCCCUGGAUGAAGGUGUUUCCUAACAGGUCUCUCAGUAAACUGAAGGAGUGCAUCACCGUGAGGGACCGACUGCUGACCCGGAAACUGGAGGAGCACAAGGCGGCACUGGGUGACGGUGACCCCCGUGACCUCCUGGAGGCCCUGCUGAAGGGUCAGACGGGCAGUGGGCGGGGUCAGAGGUCACAUGGGUCAACAGAAGAGGGGAUAACCGACGACCACGUCCUGAUGACAGCAGCGGAGGCGUUUGGAGCCGGCGUGGAGACGACGUCCACCACUCUGCUGUGGAUCCUGGCCUACCUGCUGCACCACCCCGAGGUCCAGGAGCGCGUGCAGAGGGAGCUGGGUGAGAACGUGGGCGGUGAUCGUGCGGUGAGCGUGUCUGACCGCGGCCGGCUGCCGUACCUGGACUGCGUCAUCAACGAGGGCAUGAGGAUCCGACCGGUCAGCCCGGUUCUGAUCCCGCACACCGCCAUGAGCGACAGCAGCAUUGGCGGUCACGCUGUGCGCCGCGGGACUCGGGUUUUGGUCAACAUGUGGUCGAUUCACCACGACCCCCGGUUCUGGGACAAACCGGACCUGUUCAACCCAGAUCGUUUCCUUGACGACAAGGGUCAGCGCGCCGCACCCACCUGCUUCCUGCCGUUUGGGGCGGGACCUCGGGUCUGCGUCGGCGAAUCGCUGGCCAGGCUGGAGCUUUUCCUCUUCCUGUCCUCUCUGCUCCAGCGAAUGAGCUUCAGGCUGCCAGACGGGGCCUCCCCACCCAACUUGCAGGGGCGUCUGGGUGUGGUGUUACAGCCGCUGCCUUAUAAGGCGGCAGUCAGUCCACGCCCAGGUUGGGAGGGCGGGGCUAAAUGAAAAGGGGCGGAGCUUACAGCCAAGAAAAUAAAGCUACUUUCUAGUUACCCUUUUCUGAAUAAAUGGAAAAGAAAUAUUACAACCUUUUCUCAUUGAUUUACAGUCUGACUGAUCCGAUUUCUUUUUGUUAAAAAACAACAACUUUCUAACAAAUGGUUGCUUAAAAUAUAUAUUUUUUUGAUUUGUAAAAUAUUUCUUAGCAAGACUAAAUUACUGAUUCUCGGCUAACUUGUUGUCGUUUAGCAUCACAUCUUUCAUCAGGGUUUCUAACAUCCCUGGGAAACAUUCCUGCAUUUAAAUUUUGGGGUGGGGGUUUGCAGGGGCAAAGCACAACCCAUGUAUUGAGGCCUUAGUCCUCAUGCUGGUGGUCACAAGUUCGAUUCCCGGCCUGGUAACACCUGCCGCAUGUCUUCCCCCUCUUUCCUGUCAAACUGCUAUCAAAUAAAGGCAACUAGAGCCAACCAAACCUUCAAAAUUUGGUCGUGUUGAAUUUAAAAAAGUGAAUUCUUUAUUUUUCAAUAUUAAAAUCCAACAUCCCCCCAAAAAAUCUUUAAUUUGACAUUAAAUUCAGUCAUAUUCAGAUUAAAAGUCCUGUUUUUGAACAUAACCUUUACCUAGAUACUAAACACUUUUUUUAUAAAGUCCACAUCUGUGUAUUUAAAAUAUAUAGAUUGGUCUGAUGUAAUAUUCUGAUCUUAAAUGUCAUGUUUUCAUUAGCCAUAAGCACGAAAUCACCAUAAUCAACAAAUAAAGGCGUGAAAACAGUC